UUUAUUUCCAUUUCCACAGCAGUUUAUUUCCGUUUUAUUUUACUUUUUAGUUUAGAUAAUUUAAUCAGUGUGGAGCAUAGAGUGCUCGCUAUUUUCUUUGGCGUGAAAACACAUCAAUUAAUUUAAUAUGGUAGACACUGCUAACGACGAUAUUCCUAAUAUUGUGGUUCUUGACGGCGGCUUUUCUACACAACUCGCCUGCCACAUAGGAUCAACUGGGGAUGGUGAUCCAUUAUGGAGUGCAAGAUUUCUGCAAACACAUCCUCAAGAAAUAGUUAACACACACUUGGAUUUUCUACGAGCCGGUGCCGAUGCAAUUAUGACUAAUACUUACCAGGCUUCCGUAGGGGGCUUCGUGAAACAUCUCGAUGUUACUCCGCAAGAGGGGUUGGCUCUAAUCCGCCGUGCUGUCGGUUUGGCAAAGCGUGCUCGUGAUACAUACUUAGAAGAAUGUCUCAACAAUGGUGUUUCAACUCAAACACCUUUAAUAGUAGGCUCUGUCGGGCCAUAUGGUGCACAUCUGCAUGAUGGAUCAGAGUAUGAUGGCAGUUAUGCUGAUAAAACUUCACCUGAAACAUUGCGUGAUUGGCAUGCUCCUCGUAUGCAAGCUUUAAUAGAGGCUGGAAUAGAUCUUCUUGCAUUUGAAACUAUUCCCUGCCAAAAAGAAGCAGAAGUUCUUGUUCAGAUGCUUACUGAAUAUCCAAUGUCAAAAGCUUGGCUUUCUUUUAGUUGCCAAGAUGCUGUUUCCCUAGCUCAUGGUGAAAAUUUCCAGGAGGUUGCCAAAAGGUGUUGGGAAAUGAGUUCUGGCCAACUUGUAGCCAUUGGUGUUAAUUGCUGUUCACCCAAUAUAGUAUCUACAUUAUUUAAAGGUAUCAAUGCUGACCGGAAACAAGCUCCUAUACCUCUUAUAACAUACCCUAAUUCUGGUGAGAAAUACAAUCCACAAAUAGGUUGGAUAGAUGGAGAUCAAUGUGAUGCAAUUGAGACAUUUGUGCAUGAAUGGUUGGACAUUGGAGUGAGAUACAUUGGAGGUUGCUGUAGGACGUAUGGAGCAGACAUCUCUCGUAUAAGGAGCCAAGUGUACAGCUGGUUAGACAGGAAAAAGUUUGCUGAGAACUGAUAGACCAAUUAACCUUACUGAUUAUAUUAUUCUUGCAUUGUCUUAGGUGUUUGUAGAUAGGAAAUAACUGUUAAUGAUUUAUGUCAAAGGUUCUUGUUUAGGGGCUUAGUCAUUUGUGUUGUUUUAUUGAAUAAAAAAUGUUUUAUGUUUUAAAAAUGUAGCAAAAAUUUAUAUUUUAGCUUGUAAUUAGAACUAAAAUUGUGAUAAAAAUAUAUUUAAAAAGUUGUUUAUUCAAUAGCAGUAAAGCUUUAAUCUUUGAGACUAUUAUUAAUUUCAGAGAGUAUUUGGUUUAUCUAUGGAAAAAGACAAGAAAGAUAAUAAAUUCCAGAUGAUGCUCAAAGAAAACGAAACUUUGAAAGAGCAAAAUAUGAAGCUGAAUUUCAAUACAUCUAACUUGGAAAAAUACAUUGGGAAGGUAUGUUAUUUGUGAGUAGUUUAAAACUCGCCAUGCACAGUCACAGCCUGGUUUCAUGAUGUGGUAUGCAAAUACUUUGUUGUCUAAUUUUAAACCAUAUUUGGACAAUGUUACGUGUUCUUUUGAGCUUGAAUCCCAUGAGCCAUCAAAUUUAGCUCUUAAAAAAAGAAGAAAAUAUCAUGAAUGAAUUUUCCUAUUUUUGUGUUAUAUAAAUAUUGUUACACUCUGUUCUGUAAUUACAACCCUUGUUCUAUGUUUAAAAUAUAUUCAUGUUGCAUCAUUCAU